GCCGCUCGCUUCUCAAGACGCAACCAGAGCGGAGAGGCGCAAGAGGCGACAACAACCUGAUCCAGAAAAGCCUGAGAGAAAGCAGAGGCACCGGGUGUGAACAGUGAGACUCAGAGGAGGCCAGUGCUUAGAUCAGAAACACACGCGUAGAUCGCACAUUUUAGAGUCAAGUGUUGGAAUAAUGUGAUUUAUGCUGCGGAGCGUCCAAAGAAUUACGCACGAAACUUUUACGCACGGACAUUUGGAGAUGCGGGGUUCAGUUAUGUGCAGAAUGACGUUAUUCUGACGUUUAAUUUCAGUUGUGGAACAUAUAAGCCUCGAUUGGAGUUGUUACAGAAAAGUGGACACAUUUUUACGCACUUUUGGCACGUGUUGUGUCGUUAUCUUAAAUCGCACAUUUUGGGUGAUUCUUGGUUUUGCGGUCAGUAACUUCUGUGGACUCUCAACACUCUGUGGACUCAUAGAAUAGAAAUAGUGUUUUUUAGUUCUGCGUGUCAUUGCAGCCCGCAUUACGCACCUGUCCACAGUCCCCCACCCCACCCCCCCACCCCUUCACGGCUCCUUUGGUGAGUUUUCAAACCCGGGCUAUGGACGGAGUCAGACGUCUCGCCUGCGUGUGAGUCACCGUGAGCAAACAUUUGGACAAGCGACGCUUAAGGCAGGCAGUGACACAUUUGUGGAUAUUAACAGUGCGCACCUUGCACAAGCGGACAGAUAACAGCUCCACCGAGACGCGGCUCGGUGCGGUGCGGCCGGCGGGGGAUUGGACGCAGAGCUUCUAAAUGCCCAGCCGGUCGAGUGCGGCUCCUCAGGCUGGGCGGAAACAUGAGGUCCUGGGUCCUGCUGCUGCUGCUGGCCGCCCUAUCUGCGGUCCGUCUGCGGCUCGGACGCGCUGAGGGUGACCCCCUCCCUCCGUCGCUGGUCGACCUGGUGAGGAACUCUCCCAUCUCCUCUGUGGACGACUUGAAACUGCUCCUUCAGCAGGAGACCAACGCAACAGAAGAGGAAGAAGAUGAGCAUGACAUUCUCACAAACCACACCCAUGGCCGUUACACUAGAAGUCUUGUUGAGGCACAGCCAGCCCAACAGGCCGCCUGUAAAGUUCGGACGGAAGUGAUGGAGGUGACGAGGUCUAUGCUGGACCGCCGCAAUGCCAACUUUAUGCUGUGGCCGCCCUGUGUCGAAGUGCAAAGAUGUUCAGGCUGCUGUAACACCAGGCAGUUGCAGUGUGUCCCCACCGUGACCUCCAGCAGAUACCUGCAGGUGAUAAAGAUCCAGUACAUUAACAGGAAAGCUCACUACGACAAAGCCAUCAUCUCAGUGGAAGACCACGUCACCUGUAGGUGCCAGCACUCCUCACCCUCCUCAUCUUCAUCUUCCUCUUCAUCCGCUCCUGUCCCUCGUUCACCCAUUCAGAGCAACCCCAACCCCCCUCUGCCUCCACCCCAGCAACCUCCCCCCUCUCCUCACCUCCCCUUGCCCCUACCACGGUCUGUCCACCCUGCCCCUCCAUCCAAGACUCACACCUCCAAAGCCGACCUUCAUCGCCACGACGACCUGAAGCACAACCAGCAGCACUACCACGGUGAGGAGCGUGAGCCCGUGGCGCGGCAGUGGCAGCAGGGCAGCUACACCCAGCUGGUGCACUGGACGCAACCCAGAAUGCACCAGGCACCCACGCAUAUGCAGCAGCCGGGGAUGCACCAGCCGGUCAUCGGGGUGCUGGGGUCGGUCAGCAGCUGGCCGUCAGAAGCCAGGGCAGAGCACAGCGUCAUGGGAAACACUCAGCCGGUCGGGCAUGGGAGCGGGUAUGAUGGGAGCAAGGAAGACGGCGGGGAAGUGCACCAUCCUGAUCAUGCGCAAAGGCAGCAACAGCUCUUACAACAUCAACAGAAGCAGCAAUAUCAGUAUCAUCAGCAACACCAUUAUCCACAGCAGCCGUAUCAGUACAGCCACGGAGGUAGCGACGAUCAAGAGCUGAGGACGCAGUAUCGACUCAACGCCCCCCAGUCGGACAGCGCCCUCCCACCUGGCAGCCCCACCCAGCUCCCCAGUCUUACCUUUAAACCAAAUCCCACUACCCCUGAACCCACCAAGGGCAAAGACUUAGUGACACACCAAAAAAACACAACAGGGGUCACAAUUCAUAAACAGACAGAGACUGAAGUGGUCAAUCACAAAGGGAACGAGAGGGAGGAGAGUGGCUCGGCCAAUAGUGGGGACUCGGCAGGUGGGGAGCCGUCCAAUCAAGGGAAGGACAAAGACUCCAAAGUGACCAGUGGGGACAGUCAUUUCACAGAGGAGGAGAGGAGACACAAACUUUUGGAGAUGGUACAGAAGGAACCAGAUCGACAGACUUACCUUCAUCCACAUCUUCCUCAGCAAAGACCAAAGCCGACCACGUCUAAAACAGUUGAUUCAACUGUGGCUCCUAAUUCACCGGCGGCGAGGCGAGCCCCGUUCCGACCAGCCUCACCACGCCGCAGGAGGAAACACCGCAAACGCAUCAGCAAAGCAGCCAUCAGAGCAAUGAUCAUGUAAAGCAGUGAAUGGUUUACUGAAACCCUUUGGCCAGAGACACAAACGCCAUAGGAACAUGGAGAGCCUGGACUCUUGGAUGGUGGACUCUGCGGACAGAUGCUGAGGAGACAGUUUAGCUGGGAGACACUGCUGAUGUUCCAACCAAACAGAUGUGGACAGAGUCAGCUUUCCUGCUCUCUGAUGAGAAUACUGUCUGUCUGCUACAGAGGAUCCAGCUUGGUGGACAUAUAAUAAAAGUGCAAUCUUAUAAACUCUACGGACUUGAAGAUAUUUGUGACACUAAACACUGGAAUACAUUGUAUGAACCACAGAUCUCAUUCAUGUGGAUUGACGGAUGCUUUAGACGCUAUAAACGGGCCUUUCGUUCCAGUCGGCAACCACUGAUCGGCUGCUUCAACGUGUUUGACCUCCAGCAAAACUACUGAUCGGUCAGAACACGGACGAAUGGACGACACCUCGGACACAAUGUAGGAAUCAUCUGUGACUAAAGGUGGAGCUUGUGUUGAAACUGGAAAACGUGAAGAACUGGAUUUCUACACUGGGACAAUAACUGGAAACCAUAGCUCAAGCCUAAAUGCCAAACAUACCUGUUAUCCUACAUCAUCUCAGUCUAUUGUCAUCUAACACUGGAGUAGCCAUACACUGAUCAUACUACGUUGAAUUAGAGAAGUGCUCGACAUUGUACUGUAGCUUAAUGUACCGAAAAUUAUGGAUAACCUGCUCGUUUUGUACUACAGCCAGAUCGAAUGGAAUAACAACCAAAUGCCUGCCUAGAUAACAUGCUAUGAAUAUCCACAUUAAAGCAAGUCUUAAAGACCUGGCUUUUAGAGAUUGCUGUGAGCCAGUUAUAGCCAACACUGUAUGUAUAAAUGCUUUUAGAAAACGAUUUCUGGGGAAAAAAAAAAAGAAAAAACUUUAUUUCUUAACUUAUUUAAAAGGAGGAUUUGAAGUUCUCCAGUUCUCAAGUGUAAUUAUUGUCGCUGACAUUGUUUCAGAUUAUAAUUAUUGGUUGUACACUGUUACUGUAAUGAAUGUUAUUUUUAAUAUAAAAUAAAAAUGCUCAACAAAUA